AUGGAUAUGUGGAACCAUAUAAGAGGAAUAAUUCAAUUUUAUGACGAUGAGGAGGACAAUGAGAGUGUCUUAAUAUUUGCUACUCUUUUAGAAGAGCAGAACUUCUAUCAAAAGAGGCGUUGUAGGGAUUCCAUUUUACGAGGGGAAACGUAUGUUAUGGAGAUUUUAAACGGCCACAGAGAAAGAUGUUAUGAAAAUUUUAUGAUGUACCAUGAAGUUUUUAGAACAUUGUGUGGUACCCUGAAAGGUAUAGGGCUGAAAGAUUCUAAAUUUUUAACUGUUUAUGAACAAGUGGCAAUCUUUUUGCUCACUUUAUCUCAUAAUCAAAGGAAUCGUGUUGUAGCUGAGAGAUUUCAACACUCCACUGAAACCAUUUCCAGACACUUCCAUGCUGUGUUACAUGCAGUAUGUCAGUUGGGCACCCAUAUCAUUGCCCCUCCUGAUUUUUUUUGUGAUUCUGAAUAA